CGCCAUCUUGAAAUCGUCCCGAGCCGAGAAGACGAGGAGAAGAAGACGGACUUGGGAAAAGCUGCUCGACCUGAACUCGAUCGCUGCUCGUGCUACGUGGAUUAACGCGUGACAUUAGCGGUGGAUGUGUCACGCCAUAUCGUUAGUGCUUCUGCGCCUAUGCCGUUCGGACCCACGGGACGGUGUUUGCGUGACUUUGGAACAGGCUGACAGGCGCCAGAGCUGCGCGCCGUGCGUUUCCUUCUGGGACGAACGGAGCAGGUUGUGGCCGAGCAGCACCGCGUCGAUCCAGCGCGCUGUACGUGGGAUAAAACGCAACUUCGACCUAAUGUAACGUCUCCAGUGAAUGUUGAUGAACACCAUUUCGCUUUCUGUCGUGUUGUGAACGAGCUAUGCGACGGAGCUGUUGGGAGGCGAGGUGUGAUCGGACAGCGGAGUGAUCUAAGCUUCCAGGCCGAUGGAUGUUAGCUCUGCUCGGCUGUGGCUCGGCUGUGGCACGGCGGCUCCUGUUUCCUCUGGCCUCUGAACGGUUACGCGCACGGGAGGCACACGUAAAAGCGGUGACAAUGCCUCAGAUCGGACUAAUAGUAGACUGCUCCGGCUCGAAUGCCAACAAGUCGCUGUCUUCUCCCAGCGCCAGUGCGUAAACCUGGGCAUACCAACCAUCCCGCUCCCCUCUGAGGCCUCGUCCUACCUCGCUCUCCAGCUCCGCAAACUAUCUGGAAUAUUUUGGAUUUAUACUGUAUUUUCUCUUUUUAAAAUGUCACUUUUAAACAGACACUGCCCAUAAGCACCAAAACGAGCAUUAACUGAACUCUCAAGACGGUAGAAUUGGCAAGGUGUUUAUUUUUCACUUUGUUGACAGCGGAUAUAUUCGGAUGGAAAAUGGGAAACGCUACCAAACUGGCCAUAGCCGUGUUCCUCAUCUCGUGUUCAUCAGGAGCCAUCUUGGGCCGCUCAGAGACGCAGGAGUGUGCCUACUAUAACUCGAGCUGGGAGAAGGAGCGCACCAACCGCAGCGGCAUCGAGAACUGCUACGGAGACAAGGACAAGAGGCUGCACUGCUUUGCCACAUGGAAGAACGUGUCCGGCAACGUGGAGGUGGUCAAGCAGGGCUGCUGGCUCGACGACGUCAACUGCUACGACAGUACGGAGUGUGUGGAGAAGAAGGAGAGCCCCGAUGUCUUCUUCUGCUGCUGUGAGGGGAGCAUGUGCAACGCGAAGUUCCUCUACGCUCCGGACGGGCCCCCUCAGAGCCAGACCCACCAGUCCACUGCUUACACUACAUCCAACCCUUUCCCCCCUAAGCCCCCCAUCUUCAGCACCCUGCUCUACUCGCUGGUGCCCAUCGUGGGGCUGGCGGCCGUGGUGCUUUUCUCCUUCUGGAUGUGGAGGCACAAACUGGCUUAUCCCGCUGCCCUGGUGCCCACACAUGACCCCGGCCCCUCCCCUCCAUCCCCCACGCUGGGACACAAGCCGCUGCAGCUCAUCGAGGUCAAAGCCAGGGGGCGCUUCGGCUGCGUGUGGAAAGCCCAACUGCUCAACGAUUACGUGGCGGUCAAGAUCUUCCCAAUACAGGACAAGCUGUCAUGGCAGAAUGAGUAUGAGAUCUACAGCCUGAGUGGGAUGAAGCACGAGAACCUGCUGCACUUCAUCGGAGUGGAGAAGAGGAACCACAACCUGGACCUGGAGCUGUGGCUCAUCACCGCCUACCACGACAAGGGCUCUCUGACAGACUACCUGAAGGCUAACGUGGUCUCCUGGACUGAGCUGUGUCACAUCGCUCAGACUGCGGCGCGAGGUCUGGCCUAUCUGCACGAGGACGUCCCAGGACACCGCGAUGGACACAAACCCUCUAUUGCACACAGGGACAUAAAAAGCAAGAACGUGCUGUUGAAGAACAAUCUGACAGCGUGCAUCGCAGACUUCGGCCUGGCGCUCAAGUUUGAAGCAGGGAAGUCUGCCGGAGACACCCACGGACAGGUGGGGACGCGGCGGUACAUGGCUCCAGAGGUUCUGGAGGGGGCCAUAAACUUCCAGAGGGACUCAUUCCUGAGGAUCGACAUGUACGCCUUCGGCCUGGUGCUGUGGGAGCUGGCGUCACGUUGUACGGCUGCUGACGGCCCGGUGGACGAGUACAUGCUCCCGUUCGAGGAGGAGGUGGGGCAGCACCCGUCUCUGGAGGACAUGCAGGAGGUGGUGGUGCAUAAGAAGCUCCGGCCUUGUCUGCGCGACUGCUGGCAGAAACACACGGGCCUGGCCAUGCUGUGCGAGACCGUGGAGGACUGCUGGGACCACGAGGCGGAGGCGCGUCUGUCGGCCGGCUGCGUGGAGGAGCGGAUCGGCCAGAUGCAGCGGCAGGCCCCCCUCAUCGGCCCGGAGGAGAUCACCGUCGUCACCAUGGUUACCAACGUGGACCUGCCCCCCAAGGAGUCCAGCCUAUGAUGGAGCUCCCGAAAGAAACGGAAAAAAAAAAAAAAAAAAAAAAAAGAAAAAAAAGGCCCCACCCCCCCCGCCCUGGUUGGCUGGUUUUUAAGUCUUCUCUGAGUGCAGGCCGCAACUUCAGGAAAUUGUCAUGGCUUCGUACACGGAAUCGAACCACCGAACUACCGACUGUAAACCGGAGCGAGGCACUUUUCUCCAAAACUCUCUCCAAAACUAUGUACAGAUCUCCAGAAGGAAGCGCCCGGCUCCUAUUUGCAUUUGCUGUUUUUUUUGUGUGCGUCCCCCCCCUCCAAAAAAGACUAUCUGCCAAUAACAGCUUUUGAAUGUCAAUAGUGUAAUGCUGCUGUACAUAUUGUAACACAGACACUCGACUCGGAGGGGGGGGGGGGUUCCGACGGGGUCAGCGAGGGGUCAGAUGGGGUCAGCGAGGGGUCAGCGGGGAAAGGGAGGGGUGUCCAUUCUCAAAAGCAUUACGACAAUAUACGAAAACCAUAAACCUCCUUCAACCAGGUUACCUCAGAUCUGACGGACAGUAGACUCGCCCCCUCCCCCGGCACCACCACCACCUUCACCACCACCACCACUAACACCACUACUACCGCUGCCCGAAAGCCCGAGCGCUCAUGGGUAACGUAGUCCGACGCGGCCCCACUCAGCAGCACCAGAGUUCCUAGCCAUCGCUAAACCCCUGGGAUUUUUAAACGAGAUUUUAAUUGUCUUUGCAGUUUUUAGCACUUUUUCAGCCGUUUUCAUCAAGUGGCUCGGUCUGGCGUAGUCGGGUCCGGAACCGCCGGGUUUGUAGUUCAAUUCCAUAAACAAAAAAACAAAAAAAAAACAACAACAAAGAGUGGUCGCUGGUUUUAAAGUUAGCCCACAACAAUAAUCCUACACACAUGUGGAUUGAGUUUUCCAUCUUGUGAAGUUUAAAGGCGUGCCGUGUAACUUUUCCGGCGUAGGGUAAGGUUUCCACGGAGACGUUACUGCGUUGCUUGGAAUGUUCCGCAGUAUGGCAUUAAACCUAUCUAUCUCACCUUAUUUGAUUUAAUUAUAGGUGUUAUUUAGCGCCUCGAAUAAGACUCAUUCUUACGAUAUGGGGUCACGUUUCCGUAGAUCCGGACUGUAACGUGACCUGGCGAUAUUACCGGCUUGUAUCCACGGCGAUAGAUGCGUCUAAUGUCGUACUGUGGAACAUUCCAGGCAAAGACUUAACACAACAAGCAAGCGGCGCACGCUCUACCGGAAAUUUUACGAAGAUCGUUUUUUACGUUUUUUUGGUUUUUCAUCGAUUUUGUAAACGCUAAUUCAAAUCGUGACGAACUCUCGCUUCACAUCAUCAGGUUAACACAUUUAUGCAAACAAAGUUCACACAGGUCAAAGGUCACGGAGGGGUGUCAUCUUCUUCUUUGGUCUCCUUUGAGGGACUGCGAGCUCUGGUGCAGACUAAUACCUGGGAUGGUCUUUCAGGUCACAAUUCCAAUUUAUUAUUUAUUGGUUUUUGAAAUUAUUCAUUCGACAAUUGGUGAAGUUCAAAAUGAAUUCUUAAAAAAUUGUAAGAAGUUUUUGUGCCUCAAAGUAUAUCAAGUAUUUAAGUGCAGAGAUGCGUAGUAUUCAGUUAGAUUAAAUAAAAUUGCACUUCUUAUACAAGUUACUUCCUACUUGAGUAACAUAUUUGACAGAACCCACUUACUUGAGUAAAAUUAAAAGUCGAGUUCUAGCCGAAAAGUAAGUAAAGCUAAAAUAUAACUUUUUGUGGCCUAUGUUUUGAAAAUAUCAGAUAGAAUUUAAGCAUUAUUUAAGUUUUUUGUCCUUCCAAUUACGGUUAACUUCAUUUUGACCAUUACUACUUUGUACUUCUACUUGAGAACUAUAACAGUACUACAUUUUUGGCUGUUCUUCCCACCUCUGUGACGAUUUAGAAGAACCAAUAAAUUGUGUUCUGAGUGACCAACCCGGCCCACCACCAUUCAGGGAUUCGUACUAUGCUUUUUGCGAGUUAUAUGCAACCAGUGCCGCAAACUCCCCUACUUUUCUGUAGGAUGCUGCAGGGGCCACUUUCAAUACACACGAUUAACUUGUAGCAUUUUGGGUUUUUUAUCCUUGCAUAUUGUUGUGGCGUAUUUAUUUUCUUUUUAAACAGUGCGGUUUGGGUUCCGAGCUCAGGAGCGGCUUUCAUUCAGGAAAUACUCAAAUACAAACUGUACGUGCUUCUAUUCUGUGAGGGGACAGAGUGGACUUUACCCGUGGACUAUAGGGGGCGCUCUCUGGGGGUCUGUUCCGCGGUCGUGCAGGAUCUUUGGGAUUGUUUCUUCCUCUCCCGGGACACACUGAGCUGAGGUUGUGUGUCGGAGGACCUCAGGGUGCUCACGGUGCUCGGGUGCUCCCUCUCAGGUUUCAGCCCCGUGGCUCCGGAUGGCGGGUGUGUGAAUGUACAGGGGUGUGGACUUCCUGGGCCCACGCGGAGCUCCCGGCCGCCUCACAGCUCGGGGUCUCGUCGCCCACUCCGCAGCGGUCUGUACAGAAUGACUUUAUCACUAUUUACUCUGAGCUGAUGUGUCCAAGUAUGUGUUCUCCUUCAGUGUUUCCUCUACAUGCAGACUCACUUCUGACACGGGUGGGGCUUUGGAGCUGUGUUUGGUCUUGGAGCUGGUUCUGAAUGGCCCUCUGUGGUGUUUUGCAGGAUCCUAGGGGCCACAUGUGUGAAAGAGACACUGCAAUAUGGGACACACAAUCAUAGACUAUACCCACUGACUCUGUCCAAGCCACCUUUGAAAGUGAUUUAGAGGAAACAUUGAACUGCCACGAUUGUAUAAUGGUUUGGUCGCCAGACCAACAAAUAUAUAUAUAAAUAUAUAUAAAAGAACAAAAAGAAUAGAAAACACUACUUUCUGAUGUACAAGUCUGUGCACAGCUACAGCACUGACACAGGACGUGCUCCACCCUAAAACAGUCACUAAAAGGAGCCAAAUCUCUGCUCAGAGCUGAGAUAUGCUGCGGUCCCCAGUCACAGCUGAGGGCCCCUGGGUCAGUGCUGAGGCUCUGCUACAGGAUCUGGCAAUGGUUUGUAUCUGCUCAAGUCAUCCAUGUGAUGUAAAUAAAUGUGUUUUUAGAUUG